AUGGGACCCACGCCCGAGAAUUACUGCAUGUUGCAGGGUUUCGAAUGGAACGUCCCUGCCGAUCAGAAACAUUGGGUUCGGUUGCAAAAUGCACUCCAAGACCUGAAGAACAUUGGAAUAGACAACGUCUGGCUCCCGCCUGCGUGCAAAGGUCAGGGUGGUGAGCAGGCCAAUGGCUAUGACAUUUACGACCUGUACGACGUUGGCGAGUUUGAACAAAAAGGCUCCAAAUCUACCAAAUGGGGGCCCAGAGAGGAUUUAGAUCAGUUGAGCAACAAAGCAAAGGAGCUCGGGAUUGGACUGUACUUCGAUGCGGUGCUAAACCACAAAGCUGGCGCGGACAGGAAAGAGAAGUGCAGGGUCGUCGAGGUGGAUCAGAGUGAUCGGAACAAGGAGAUUGGAGAGCCGUUUGAGAUCGAGGCGUGGCUGGGCUUCGACUUCCCCGGCCGUGGCGACAAAUACUCUGCGCAAAAGUAUCACUGGGAGCACUUUUCAGGAACCGAUUACGACGCAGCUACCGAAAAAACCGGUAUUUUCCGCAUCCUCGGCGAGAACAAGCAUUGGUCCCAUUCCGUGGGCGACGAAGCGGGCAAUGCCGACUUCCUCAUGUUUGCCGAUCUCGACUACAGCCAUCCAGAAGUCGCGAAGGAUGUAAUCCACUGGAGCGAGUGGGUGGUCAACGAACUCAAGCUGAAAGGGUUCCGCUUCGACGCCUGCCAGCAUUUCUCUGAGCGUUUCACCAACGACCUGGUGAAACAUCUGGAGGAAAAGUUUGGAAAGGACCAGUUGUUCCUGGUCGGAGAGUACUGGAGCGGCGACAGACAGGAAAUGCUCGAGUGGCUGAACAAUAUGAACCACCGCUUCAGCUUGUAUGACUCGCCACUGGUAUAUUCCUUCUCACAAAUUUCCAAGACAGAGAAGGGAGACCUCCGAAAAGUGUUUGACAACAGCCUCGUACAGGCCAAACCUGAAAGUGCGGUGACGGUGGUGAUGAAUCACGACACGCAGCCAGGGCAAACGGUCGAGACACCUAUUGAAGGUUUCUUCAAGCCGAUCGCCUACGCUCUGAUCCUGUUGAGGAGGGAAGGCUACCCGUGCGUCUUCUAUGGUGACCUCUACGGUAUGAAGGGAAAGCAGGCCGAGCCACCUGCGUGUGGUGGGAAGUUGCCUCACCUCGUGCUCGCGAGGAAGCUUUUUGCAUACGGCGACCAGGACGACUACUUCGACGAGGAUCCGAACUGCCUCGGAUUCGUGCGCAGAGGUACCGAAGACAGGAAAUCUGGCCUUGCCUGCGUCAUGUCGAACGCCGACCCAGGUACAAAGAGGAUGUUCGUGGGCAAGGAGCACGCGGGGGAAGUCUGGACUGAUGUGCUCGGGUGGCAGCAGGAUGAAGUGAGGAUAGGAGAAGACGGUUUUGGUGAGUUCAUGUGUCCUGGCACGAGCGUCAGUGUGUGGGUGAGCAAGGACGCCGAGAGCAGGGACAAGAUGGAUAAGUUGGACUUUGAUAGCGACAUUUACGCCAAAGCAUAA